GUCGGUCGAAUACAGAUAGGCUAGCAAAAUAAGUUAGCUCGAAUGAAAAGUGGAAGAAGAAGAAAAAAAUUUUUUUUUGAGAAGUUAUGGAUUUUACUUAACAACACUUCGGGUUUAAUUAAUCGAUAAAUCAAUUUUGUAAUUUUAAAAUAUUUAAAAUUCAUUGCUGUUUAACAUAGUACGAAUGUGUUUACCUGAGAUUUUUUUUUAAAGUUUCAGCUCCGUUAGACAUAGCACAGUGGUUUUUUUUUAUGAAACUUUUCAAAUCGAUUGUUGAGCAUUCUUUAUACAAAGUGUAAAAUCUUUUCUUAUGUUUUAACUGGAUAUCUACAGCAUAUUUCAGUGAAAGUUAUAUACGUUGAGAAAUUUGUGUUUCUCUCGUAUGUUUUUUAUGCAACUGGAAAACCGAUUCGUUUUUGACGGAUAGUCCAAUAAGUGAAUGUGGAUGUGGAAUUUCACGGUGAUGCACAAAAUAAUAAUAAAAAAACUUACGGAUCUGUGGUUUAGUUGUUUGCAUAAGUAAAUGAGUUUCUAAAUAAGUUUAAUGAAUGUGACUUUUCGCGUAAAUUGUGGAUAUUCAAAUGACUACUUUAAGCAACUUUGUGGAUAUUAUGCUCAUUGCGGAUUUUAACGGAAAGCAAUACAUCGAUUCGUUGUCCGUAGCCGAAGCAGAAGAUUCUAGUUACGAUUCAGAUGGCGAUGCGGACGACUCACACGAGCAGGUAUCCAGAACGACCAGUGAUACACUUGGCCAGGAAUUUGCUGAGUAUGUUAGUCAACCAAUAUCAAACCAGGAUCGAUCGCCUGGCUACACACAACGUGUUGAAUUUGCACUGAAACUCGGUUAUACCGAACGUCUAGUCCAAGCAGCAUUGGCACGUCUGGGUCCAAAUCCUGCACAAAACGAACUUUUAGCUGAAUUAAUAAAAUUAGGUGCACAACAAGGCAAUAAAAGUGAAUUUAUAUGUGAUUCGCCGUUGGCAGAAUGUUUAUCACCAAUAACGGAUACACCAGUAACUAUAUGCGAUGAUGGAAAUGGGUUACGGCCUAUUGUUAUUGAUGGAAGUAACGUUGCUAUGAGCCAUGGCAACAAAGAAAUAUUCUCGUGUCGAGGUAUUAAGCUGUCUGUGGAGUGGUUCAAAAGUCGCGGCCAUAAGGAUAUCACUGUUUUUGUGCCAAAAUGGAGGAAAGAGAGUUCUAGGCCUGAUAAUCCCAUUAAGGAUCAAGAUAUACUGUUAGAGUUGGAGAAAGAGCGGCUUCUUGUUUUUACUCCAUCACGAUUUGUCGGGGGUAAGAGGACUGUAUGCUACGAUGAUCGAUACAUUUUGAAGCUAGCAUCGCAGAACGACGGAAUCGUUGUGUCAAAUGACAACUACCGUGACCUAGUGCAGGAAAGUUGCGAAUUUAAAAAAGUCGUUGCUGAACGGGUACUGAUGUAUUCAUUUGUCAAUGACCACUUUAUGCCUCCAGAUGACCCGUUAGGUCGUUCUGGACCAACAUUAGACAACUUCUUACGUAUACAGCCAAAAAAAGGGGAUCCCCCACCUCCUUGUCCAUAUGGAAAGAAAUGUACUUACGGUAAUAAAUGCAAAUUCCAUCAUCCUGAAAGAGGCACAGGACCACACAAGUCAGUGACGGAGCGAUUGUCCGAGCAUGCAGCACGUCACUUAUCAGCCAGAAACUCUGAUGGUCAAAACAAAACUGUGAUCCAAGGAAAGUCGUUGAGUGUGCCACUGUCGAGUAGCGGUGAAACUAGUCCUGUCAGUGGGGAUCGACGUAAACCAUUAAGUCGAACCAGAUCUGGUGUAGUACCGGAUUCUUCCUUCUCAAAUGCCACAGUAUUAGAAAAUCUGUCGAACGCGACCAACCAACAAAACUUAUCAACGAAUUGGGAUCAGUCUUUCACUAAUCAAGGGUUCCCAAAGUCACACAGUAUAGAAAACAUAUCAAGAGAGGCAUACACACAUGGUCCUACCACGUACAGUGGAUUGUGGUCCCGGCCACAGCAGAACUCAACAGCACAGUCGUGUCAAGCACAGGCUCAAUGUUCCACACAAAUACCGCAACAAUCUCAAGACAGCGAUGAUAGUUCAAAUUUACAUAGAAAAUUACGACGACAGUUAACACUAAAUCCGGCUGGUUGUGAUCCAAGAAUUUAUCAAAUGCAAAUGAAUCAACAACAACAACAACAACAGCAGCAGCAGUCAAAAUUACCGCAACAACAUCAUUCGCCGCAUCGUCCGUUAGCACCAUCUCUCAGUGGUCCCCGCUCACAUCAUCCGUCACAAUGGGACCUGCAUCAGAAUGUAACACGCAUUGCAUCAGCACCCGAUCCAUCGCGUCCAUGGCAAACCGGACCACCACCGGCAUCAACGUCAGAGCCUCACAUAAAUUUAUGGUCACAGCAUCGAGCCACAACGCCAAUUCUAUCGGCACAGGAUCACCGCUGUCACAUUUACUACCAUUUGGCCAGUAUAUUUCCCGAAGAAGAAGUGCAAACCGUGAUGCAUUUGUAUCCAGAAGAAACUAAUCCUCAAACCAUUUGUGCGGCGAUAUUAAAUAUGUUCCCGAAGAUGUAAUUGCGUAAUUAGGCGCAUGAAGAAACGCUAUUGUAGCCACUGUAUUGUUGGUGAAGUUGUCGGUUGAAAACUGUUCGAUUCGCUCCAAAAGGACUACAUGAAAUCGGUAAGCCAAAAUUUUAUUUAAGGAUUGAGUGUUCAUUCAUCGACUUUGAUAAAAUGAUAAAUUUUGGCUGACUGCUGGAUGUAUUUUGGAAGUGACGUAGAAUGACAAGCUUAUCGCGAUAUUAUCAUUAAAUCUGCUACUUCCCUUGUUGAUAGUGUUGCACAGUGUUUGAUAUAAAAUCUUUUACGUCGUUUCUAAAGAAUCAGCUGUUCAGUUUGGUAUGUAUGCAAGAAGUUGAUCGAAAGAAGUAUUCUGCUCAAGCCUUUCAUUGUUGCACAAUUGAGGUAGUUUGAUUACACAUGAAAAAAUUGAAAGAAGCAAUGUGCUCGUAUCAUGUCCCAUGUGAUCAGUGAAAUUAAAAUCAGCAACUUGUCGGAAACUAAGUGUCAUUUAACGGAGAAUACAACAACUUCAUCAAGACGCUAGUACAGUGGCGUAUAUUUCCUCCUUUCGAAAAAAAAGGAAACAUUUUUCAGUCAUUAAAAUAUUAAAAUUGAACUUUUUGGUGCGCUCUCAUUGCAUAUUAUGGAGAGCAAAAGUUAAGUUAAGAUCUAAGGAUAUAAUCCUCGGAAAAGCUCAUAGAGUUACACACUAAACACAUGAAAUUUUCUAUUUAUUACAUUUCUACGAUAUAAUACGGAGAGUUAAGUAAAUAAAAUCGAUCUUUUAACAAACAACAACAAAUAAAAUUAGCAAUAACAAAACGGUAAACGUUAAACUAAACAAUUAGUUUGUACUAAAAGAGAAAAAUAUUUGCUGAAAAUAAGUUGCAUUUUUAAAGCUUUUAUAUAUUGCAGCGAAGCAAACAAACAAAGAAACAACAACCACAGACCAUUCCAUUAAAUAAAAGUUCACCUAAAGUCAAAAAGCUAAUUUAAUAACCAGAAGAACUUAAAUGCAAUAAAUAAACGGAUGAAUUAUAUAUAUAUAUUGUCUGGUGAGAUAAUCGGAAACAUUUUAAUAUAUAUUCGAUGGAGCAAAGAAAAAUUAAAUUAAAAACAAGAAGCAAAACUUAUUGAAUGAAGACGAAAUUUUAUAAAAGUAAAAUUUUAAAAACAAAAUAAUAAAAAACACAAAACGCACGCAUUGACAAAAAUAAACAAAUAAAAUAAAAUGUGAGAUGAAUGUAAAUUAAAAUAGAAUUUGUUUGUAACUUCAUAUUGGAGUAAAUUAAAAAAAAAAAAACAAAAGUCUAAUCAAACUACUGUAAAAUCAAGAAAAAUAAAUUUAAAUGAAAAGUAUUCCUGUUGACAGAUUUAGAUUCGAUGCGUGUAUGAUAUUUCCGCAUUUUUUUUUUCAAAUUUCAUUUGUGGAGUAUAAAGUAGAACUUACAGCUGUAACUUAAUAACCAAGAAUACGGUUCGGUUAGUUAUCGAAUCAAUAGAAAACUUAAAGAAUUUGUCAAAGCUUGCCGGUCGGAAUGCGAUUAAUUGUCAAUUGUCUUGGAAUUAAUUCACCGUUACAUAGGAUGUGACGUUUGUUGUAAAUGACAUGAUUGACAGCCGACUUCAAUCGGAGAUUGAUUUGCUAAAUUUGCUAAAAUUUUACAAAUUUUUAAAAGUUACUUAAAAAACGUUUUUGUCAAAUUUUAGCAAAAUUAGGAAAAUCUUGGCAAAUUUUCAUAACUAGGCCCUGAUAUCAAUGGUUUUCUGUUGCAUAUGACUAAACUGUAACAACGAUCUGUGAGCAGAUAUCGAAACACGUUAACUUUAGGUUCAACGUGUCUUUGAGCCCUGGAGACAGUCUUUACGGUAGCAGAGACUACCACAGACAAAGACUUACAAAAAUGUCAUCUACAUCAAUGACGAAUUUGGAAAAGAUUAUGAAACCCGAGGAGCCUCUUUUAAAGUCAACUUUCUCUAAAAAGGGUUUUCGUUCUUUUCACGUUCAAUUGGUAUUCUCAGACAUACAUGUUUCACUAGCAUUAACUUCUAUGUUGAUGAGAAUUCAAAUCAGCUGUUUGAAACCAGGGUUAUUUUUGGAAAAAUAAUUAUUAUUUUUUGCUAAUUUUGUAAAAUCUUAGCAAUUUUUUGAAAAUUUUAGGAGAUCAUGGCAAAUUUAGCGAAAAUAAAUCUCCAAAAAUAGUCCCUGCAUGAAACAAGUUACGAUACUUCUCUGACGAAGAAAGUUUUUCAUUUAUCAAUUGAAUAGUUCCAUUAUCGAUAGUCAUUUAUUCAUCGACGGUACUUGUUAUAUCUGCACUAUUUUUUGAGCGCUAGUGCAUGUUUAUACCAUACCUUCAAAUAAACAUUUGGUCGGUUCAUCGGUUCCGAAAAUCGAUUCCAGGACGAGGAAAAUAUGUUAUUCUAGUUCCAUAUCGAUAAUGUUAUUAUUUCCGUGUCACUGUUUCGCUACAGUUUCGUUGUUUUCUUUGUAGUUGAUUAUGGCAUCAACAGUAUACAUUUCGUUUGCAUUAUACAAUUGAGCGAAUAUGAAAAUUUAGGUUUGUUAAUUACCAUCAGUCCUUCGUAGCCGUAAUAUACGAAUACCUACCUCCGGUAGUUUACCAUUCUGUAAGAUCGAUGGUAUUUUCUUUUUAUUAACGCUGUCGUUCUGGGCCUAUUACGUCGUUAUACUAACGUGAGUGAAAAGCGAUCGUGCGAGCUAUGGUUUGAUGGAUUCUUAUAAGUGAUCGAACAGAAUUGUUCUGACGA